CAUCAUCAUCCUCAUCAUCAUCAUCAUCAUCAUCAUCAUCAUCAUCAUCAUCCUCAUCCUCAUCAUCAUCAUCCUCAUCCUCAUCAUCAUCAUCAUCCUCAUCAUGCCACUGACGGACUGCUACAGACCAGUCUGUGAACAUGGUGGUGUUGAAGGUGGAGGUUGGUGCUGUGAAGGUGGAGGUUGGUGAUGUGAAGGUGGAGGUUGGUGCUGUGAGGGUGGAGGUUGGUGCUGUGAAGGUGGAGGUUGGUGAUGUGAAGGUGGAGGUUGGUGCUGUGAGGGUGGAGGUUGGUGAUGUGAAGGUGGAGGUUGGUGCUGUGAGGGUGGAGGUUGGUGAUGUGAAGGUGGAGGUUGGUGAUGUGAGGGUGGAGGUUGGUGAUGUGAGGGUGGAGGUUGGUGCUGUGAAGGUGGAGGUUGGUGCUGUGAGGGUGGAGGUUGGUGAUGUGAAGGUGGAGGUUCCUGAUGUGAGGGUGGAGGUUGGUGAUGUGAGGGUGGAGGUUGGUGCUGUGAAGGUGGAGGUUGGUGAAGUGAAGGUGGAGGUUGGUGCUGUGAGGGUGGAGGUUGGUGAUGUGAGGGUGGAGGUUCCUGAUGUGAAGGUGGAGGUUGGUGAAGUGAAGGUGGAGGUUGGUGCUGUGAAGGUGGAGGUUGGUGAUGUGAGGGUGGAGGUUCCUGAUGUGAGGGUGGAGGUUGGUGCUGUGAAGGUGGAGGUUGGUGCUGUGAGGGUGGAGGUUGGUGAUGUGAGGGUGGAGGUUCCUGAUGUGAGGGUGGAGGUUGGUGCUGUGAGGGUGGAGGUUCCUGAUGUGAAGGUGGAGGUUGGUGAAGUGAAGGUGGAGGUUGGUGAUGUGAGGGUGGAGGUUGGUGAAGUGAAGGUGGAGGUUGGUGCUGUGAGGGUGGAGGUUGGUGAAGUGAAGGUUGGUGCUGUGAAGGUGGAGGUUCCUGAUGUGAAGGUGGAGGUUGGUGAAGUGAAGGUGGAGGUUGGUGCUGUGAAGGUGGAGGUUCCUGAUGUGAAGGUGGAGGUUGGUGAAGUGAAGGUGGAGGUUGGUGCUGUGAAGGUGGAGGUUCCUGAUGUGAAGGUGGAGGUUGGUGAAGUGAAGGUGGAGGUUGGUGCUGUGAGGGUGGAGGUUCCUGAUGUGAGGGUGGAGGUUCCUGAUGUGAAGGUGGAGGUUGGUGCUGUGAGGGUGGAGGUUCGGUGCAGAAGCUGUCUGCUGCAGAGUGAAGGAGAAACAUCUGUGUGUGUUGCUAGGCAGGUUUCAGCCCCCCGGCGUCUCCUCUUUGUUUCUGUCGGCUAAACGAGGAUAAACGAGGACCUGCUGCUCAUUGGUCGAUCGCUCUGCAGCCUGUUUAAUAAUCAGCUAAUCGCUUCAAAACUGCCAAAUUCACCGAUUCCCCCUGAUGCAUUCUGGGAGCAAAGUUAUCAACCUCCAGCGAGGGUUUAACGUCGGCACACACACACAGAUCAGCUCCGGCGUGCCUCUGAUGGAUACUGUGUGUUGCCAUGGAAACGCGCCUGGCGACCGUGCUGCGAGGAGGAGGAGGAGGAGGAGGCUGAAUACAUGAAGAGCCGCAGCCUCGUUCGCCCCUGACUCUCGCUCUCUCUGAAUGAUUAUGCAAAUCAAGCGACACACACACACACACACACUCACACACACACACACACACACACACACACUCUCACACACACACACACACACACACACACACUCACACACACACACACACACACACACACGCGGAGGGUUUAAAUAAAGAUAAAGCUUUGAAUCUUUAGUUUCACUUAUUCAGUGCGAUAAAGCGGAAACGCUGUGCUUCCUGUUGCUGAAACCAAAGAUGAUCUGUGUUGGUAAAAAGCUACAAGAAGCCUGUGGGCAUAAAAACAGUAAGCAAACUACGACUCCCAGGGUGCAUUUCACCAACAGACAGCCAAUCACAGAUCACACUGCUGACAAAGCUGAUUUUGCUGCAGGUUUUGGAUCAGUUGAGCAGCUCUGAGCCAUGUUUUCCUCACACUGAAGUCACUCUGAUUCAGCCUCUGACUGGCUUCUUCUCCAUGGCAACGGCGGCUGAGGCUCAUGGGUAUUGUAGUAUUUAUCCGGUGAUCAGAUCAGAAACCCGGCUGAUCUUCACGUUAUCUUUUCUUUUGGAUUCUGUUUAAAGGAGGAUGUGAAGUGGGGAAAAGCCCUUCACUAAUCUAUCUAGAGUGCUCCAUCAAUAAUAUGGCUUCCUGUUUGGCUCCUACAGUAAAUGAAGAUUUGGGAUGUGUUUAUUGAUCCUAUCAGAAAGCAAACGGACUCCGCUGCAGGAGUUAGUAGUGUGUGCUGGUUUUAGAUCUGACUUGUUCAGAAACAACACUGAGAGGCUGCAGCCGAGCUAGCAGCUCUGUGAGGCUGCACCGGACACAGCGGGGCUUUGAGCUAAAUGCUAACGCCAGCAUGCUAACAUUCUCUCCAUGACAAUGCUAACAUGCUGACGUUUAGCAGGAGUAAU